GGCCCCUGAUUAUUCAUUUACAAGACAACGUCAGGGAAAGGCGGCAGAAAGCGUUUGGGUAAAGAAAAGUCUACUAGUUUCGUGUCAGUAUCUUCACCAUGAGCGCGAACGACCUUGAUAAGGCGGAGCAGGGAGCCGCCGAGAAGCUGAAUAAGCCCGAGAACGGGAGUCCUGAGGACGGGAAGGCUGCGGAUGGCGGGCUGGACGCGGACGAGGUGGAGCCCAAAUUGGCGCCCUUCGCGGGAAUGGGGAAGGAGGAGCUCCUGAAGGUUUCCUCGGAGCCGUUCUGGGUGUACCUCCGCUGGACCCUGCUCAUCCUGUUCUGGCUGGCCUGGAUCGCCAUGCUGGUGGGCGCCAUCGUGAUCAUCGUGACGGCCCCGCGGUGCGCUCCGCGCCCCGAGCUGCAGUGGUGGGAGAAUGGCGCCUUCCUCCGCGUCUUCACACGCUCUUUCAAGGACUCUGAUGGAAACGGCAUUGGCGAUCUCAAAGGAAUUGAGGAGAAGGUGGACUACCUGAAGGAGCUGAAUGUGAAGUCUGUACAGGUCAGUCCUGUGUAUGCAACAGCCAACUUCACUGAUGUGGAUCCUGUCUUUGGAACAAUAGCCGACUUCGAUAGCCUCGUUGCUACUGUGCACGAUAAGGGUUUGAAGCUGGUGGUUGAUUUUGACCCAAACCACUCGGGCGUUGAUCACCCCUGGUUUGUGCAGAGUGCAGCCAGCAAGGCUAAUGAUAACACCUUUAAGGACUACUAUGUCUGGGCUGAUGGAGUGGGUGGAAAUCCACCCAACAACUGGCUGAGUGUGACAGGAGGCCCAGCCUGGAACUACAGCGCUGUCCGUGACCAGUGGUACCUCCACACCUUCCAACCCGAGCAGCCCGACCUGAACUUCCGCAACCCUGACGUGCGAGCGGCUGUCAAGGAUGCCCUGCGGUUCUGGGCUGCGAAGGGUGUGGAUGGCUUCCGCCUGACAUCUGCCAAGUACCUAGUGGAGGACGCAGCUCUGACCAACGAACCGGCCAACCCUAACUUCUCAGGGCAACCUGGAGAGUAUGACAGCCUGUCUCAUCCCUACACCACUAACCUGGACGAGACCCACAGCCUGCUGCAGGAGUUCCGCACCACGCUGGACGAGUUUGCUAAGGAUGGAGACAGCUACAGGCUGUUGGUAACAGAUGUGAUGGACACCAACAUCCGACAGGUGGUGAAGUACUACAGCUCCAACGGAACUCGCGAGGCCGACAUCACCCUGAACUAUAACCUCCUGGGUCUGCAGGGAGGCGGAGACAAACCCGGGAACAAGACCUUUGGCACCAUCCAGAGCUGGUUGGACAACCUGCCUGACGGCAAGCGCGCCAACUGGAUGAUUGGUAGUGAGAGCAGUUCCCGUGUCGGUGGCAGCCUGUAUGCACGUGCUGCUAACCUGCUGCUCCUGCUGCUGCCUGGCACACCCAUCGCUUACUACGGGGACGAGAUCGGGAUGGCAGAUGUGAAUGGCCUGAGCACCAGCCCCAUGCAGUGGAACAAUACAGACAACGCAGGCUUUACCAACCCUGGGGUCACACCGUGGACACCACUCAGUCAGAACUACACGACUGUCAACGUUGGGACCCAGAAGCAGGACGACUCCUCAUUCCUCAGCAUGUUCAUGGCGGCCGCCAAGCUGCGAGAUGAGGCUGCUUUCCAGUGGGGUGGCUUCAGCAAUGCCCUCACCACCGACAACGUGGUCUCGUUCAAACGGGAGCACGCCGGUGCAACCAGCUACCUGGUAGCAGCCAACCUGGGCGGGGCAGCAGCAAGCCAGGACUACACCGCUGCAGGGCUGCCGGAGGAGGGGACCGUGGUGCUCAGCUCGGGGAUGAACAGGAAGGACGAGAAGCUGAAGCUGAACAACGUCAUGCUCCAACCUGGAGAGGCGCUGGUCCUGAGCUACUGAAGGACCACGUGAAUGUUCUGCCACUUAUGCCUGUUAACACGUGCUGCAUGAUAGCUCAAGGAAGCUUAGCACGUCUAGUACUUAGGAUUACUGGUGUAACUUAUGGUUUUGGAAGAUAAGUAUACUGACUAUAACACUGCUGGUGAUAUUUGUGUGGAGGUAUGGAACUAAAAAACAUGUUAGCAGACCCAAUGUAGAACAUUUACUAUAGCAUCUGCAGCUGUAUCUCAUGUGAAGCACAUAUAUGGAGCUGGAAAACAACCAUGUAAACUUAUGACUGUUAAAGAAAACAGACAUCUUGAGGUUCAGAAGUGGUACACAAGGAGGAGACAUCUGGUGUUAGAGUUACAUGUAUUGGUAGAGACUACAGGAAAUAUGGUUGGAGUGCCAAGGCUGUAGAAACGAUUACAUGUUACGUGAAAGCAUGUAGUAGUCUUCCAGAGUUUGUAGUUCUGUGGUUGCAAAAGUACUGGUAACUCAGCAUUAGCAGGUCUUCCUUUAUGGCAAGUGGCAGAACCAAUGAAA